GUUGGUAAUGCUUAGUAACUAAAAAUCUCAUGAUGAAAAACUGGAGGCACGUUGCAAUCAGUUCUAUUUCUUUGUUACGAAUUGCCAUUAUCAUUUUGAAUUGGAGAAAACUGAGUCUUGCUGUGAAUUUAUAUAGACACACAAUUCCUAAAAUUGACGAUUUCAUCGACAACGUGUAUGACAAAAAAAUCAUAUAAUGGAGGACUCAAACAAAGGGCCUCGGCCCCCUGGCCAAAGAACUAAGCUAAGUCUUUUGGAUCUUAUGAAGAUGAAGAAAGCAGGAACCUCACAAGAUUCUACUCUUUUGAGUUUGCAAAUGCCUGGGACAUCGCAAUCUACAGAGCAAUCCACAUUGCCAUUAAUUGGCCGUGGACGUGCAACUUUGACACAUUUACAAGAACAAAGUGCUGAUAUUGCAUCUGUGGGACGAGGAUUCAGUUCCCCAAACAUAUUGUCUCCAUCAAGAAGUAUUGCCUCACCAGAGUUACCCCAAGCACUUCCUAAAGUUGGUCGUGGCAGGGCCUCUGUGCUCGGCAUGAAACAAUCUCUUAUAACAACGGCUGCCUCUGUAAGUGAAACGCAACUUCCACAAGGUCGAAAGUUGCAGUCUUCAGUUGAUGUUGGACAUUUAACUACUCAUUUACCACAACUUUCUCUAAGCACUACUGAAUCUCUUACACAGUCUGAACCAAUAUCUCGACAAGGAGAAGCUGGCACAGUAAUAGAAAUGACUGCUAAUCACAUAAAUCUGGUUCAAGAACCUGAUCGUGGAUUAUUUCAAUACGAAGUAACUUUUGCACCAAAUAUUGAUUCUCGUCCUUUACGAACGAAAUUGUUAAAUCAGCACUUGGCAGAGCUUGGUGGUGUAAAAACAUUCGACGGAGCCAUUUUGUUCGUGCCAAAAAAAUUGAAACAAGACAGAAUGAUCUUUUCAUCUCUUCAUCCGGAUGGUUCAACGGUGAUCCUGACACUCAUUUACAAAAAGGAACAAAGCGUGAGCGAGAACAUUCAGUUCUAUAAUAUUCUUAUAGGCAAAAUUAUGUAUGCGUUGAAAUUAGUGCGUAUUGGACGUCAAAACUUUAAUCCGAGAGCUGCUCAUGCUGUGCCACAACACAGACUGGAAUUAUGGCCAGGUUAUGUUACAGCAGUGAAUGAAUAUGAAGGAGGUUUAAAACUUUGUCUGGAUGCUACUCAUAGAGUGAUGCGUACAGAUACUGUACGUGAUUUAAUGAAGGAUACGUAUAAUAAAUCGCCACAUAAUUUCCGAGAUACUGUAACUGUAGAAGUAGUGGGUAUGACUGUAUUAACCCGCUAUAACAACAGGACAUAUCAUAUCGAUGAUAUAGACUGGAAUAAAAGUCCCAAAUUUGAAUUUGAAUCUAAAGAUAACACAAAAACAUCCUUAAUACAAUACUAUAAAACGCAUUGGAAUUUGGAUAUAAAGGAUCAUAACCAGCCUUUGCUUGUACAUAGGGCAAAAACUAGAACUAAUACAGGCGAGGAAGUCGAAAAUCUGGUCUUAUUAAUUCCCGAAUUCUGUUACUUAGCCGGAUUAACGGAUAAAAUUCGAUCAGAUUUUCGUAUAAUGAGAGAUCUUGCAUCAGUGACUAGAGUUAGUCCAGAGGGCCGCCGCGAUGUCAUCCAUCGUUUCAUAAACGAAGUGCAGAAUAAUGAAGUCACACGAAAAUUGCUUAGUGAUUGGGGACUGCGACUCGAGAAUAAUACUGUGAAUAUAAACGGAAGAGUAUUGCCCCGCGAGAAAAUUACUUUUGGAAACAAAAAUUCUGAUUUCGUACCAGAAAACGCAGAUUGGACUUCAAUGACGAUAAGAAAACCCGCACUUAGAUCUGUGAGCAUGCGCAGUUGGUGUUUGAUUUUCACCGGAAAGGAUUCCUCGAUAUGUAAAGAUUUUCUGGUAAUGCUGAAAAAAGUUGGCAUGAAUAUGUCAUUAAAUAUCGCUGACCCAAAAAUAAUUCAAUUGGAAAAUGACAGGACGGAAAAUUAUUUAAGAGAACUACGUAGGAAUAUCAACCCGAAUGUUGACAUUGUUGUUGCAGUGUGUCCCAGUAUACGCAAUGACCGAUAUGCAGCGAUUAAGAAGUUGUGCUGCGUUGAAAUGCCGAUUGCUUCCCAAGUUAUUGUCACAAAGACAAUCUCACGUAAGGAUAAAUUGAAAGGAGUUUCAGAAAAGAUUGCACUGCAAAUGAAUUGCAAGCUUGGAGGUGCACUCUGGGCGUUACAUAUUCCAUUUGAAAACUUGAUGGUAUGCGGUAUUGAUGUAUUUCAUGCUGGCGAAGGAAAAUCAUCCCACGGAAGUGUAGCGGGAUUUGUUGCUAGUUUAGAUAAACAUUUAACUACGUGGUAUUCAAAAGUUUGCAUUCAAACUCCGCGUCAGGAGCUAAUCGAUUUACUUAAAGUGUGCUUAGUGGCUGCGGUUAAUAAGUACGAAAAGACAAACAGUCGGUAUCCUGAUAGAAUCGUCAUGUAUCGUGAUGGUGUCGGAGAUGGGCAGCUCGAUACAGUAUCUCGUUACGAGGUGAACCAGCUGGAAACAGCUUUCAGUUUAAUUUAUCCUGAUUACAAACCAAAAAUGAACGUGGUUGUAGUACAGAAGCGGAUUAAUACACGUCUCUUCAGAAAAGUUGAAUCCCGGUUAGACAAUCCUUUACCUGGAACGAUCGUGGAUAGCGAAGUGACUCGUCGAAACUGGUACGAUUUUUUCCUUGUUUCACCAUAUACUCGUCAGGGUACGGUAACACCAACUCAUUACAUUGUUAUUCAUGAUGGAAUAAAAUUGAAACCCGACUACAUGCAAAGAUUGACAUACAAACUCUGUCAUCUGUAUUAUAACUGGCCUGGAACUAUUCGAGUACCCGCCCCGUGUCAAUAUGCACACAAACUUGCGUAUCUCGUGGGACAAAGUAUUCAAAUGGAACCCAAUGAAUGCUUGGCGGAUAAACUCUAUUUCCUUUAAGUUCUGCCUACCUUUGGCGUUGUUCUUUAAAUUCUUUCUCAUCUACAUAACACAAGUUUCUUACCAAUUCUAGUUGAAACUUAAAUAAUAUAUUUUGACAAAAAUACAAUAUUAUAUAAAUUAUAGAUAAGUAGUCGCAAAUUAUUAGAAUUUUGUUCUAAUUAAGGUGCGUUUGACUAUCAAUGAAUCACGUUGAUUUACUUUGGCUCAUGCUGAUAUUUUGGAAACGAAGUAUUAUUAAUUUUUGUUAAUGUAAUUCAUAUAUUUGUCAUAUCGCAUAAAACUAUGUUUCCUAUUAUUGUAUAACUGUUAUUAUAUAACAUUGGAGAAAUUUGUUAGACGUAAAUGUGUUCACUAAUAAGUGUAAGCUCAAACGAGAACCGUAAUUAAGAAACACGUGGUUUAUUCAUUGGACGACUUAUGCUAUUUGACUGGAAUGGCAGAUAGCAUUCCACAUUUCAUUAUUACCAUUCAAUCAUUAAAUAAUAAUUCAUAUUAAAAAUAUUUUUGCUAAGGGUAUUGUAAUGAACGAUCUCAUACAACCUUUGUUAUUAAGCAUACAAGUUAGAAUUGUAAUACAAUUUAGUUAGUACACCAAAGUUCCUGUAGUAAAUAGAUAUGGAAAGUAUUAAAAAUGUUGAGAUUAAGAAAUUUAUAUUCCUUAUUUGUAAUAAAUAAAGUAUAUCUGCAUAAACUA